GUUCGUCACUCGUCCUAUCUUUUGAACUUCUCAACCAACGCUAAACAUCUCAGACGCACUCCAUUCUUCUCAUCGGCUAUUUCAUCCUUCUAUCAGUUCACAGUUGCCCGUUCCAACGCCCCCAAAACCCACUCCAGGCGAUUCUUCCUUUCAGAGUUUCCAGACGUACCACUGUGAUAACCGGCUUUGCUGCGGUACUCAGGUGCCAGUCCGGAAGAGAGGACCCUCCUACUUCAGCCUCCACUUUGGCUUCCCUGACGAAAGGAGUCUGCUGUUGGCCGGGAGAGCCGACGGCGACUCACCCGCUAAACGACGACCAAUGAGAUCUUCCUUCCCCGAGCCCAAUGGAGGUUCUCCAGGGAGCACAACUUCUGCUUCACCUGAUGAUGCCGCCACCGGCAAUGCUGGCAAUGGCGAGAACCCGCAGCUCGCAGCCACAACCGUUGAGCGUUCAUUUGCGACGGUAGCAACAACACACGCCGGCGAAGGCCGAAGUGGACCGCGGUCGAGGAACGGAUGUUGGACGUGCCGCACCAAGAAGGUCAAAUGCGACGAGCAGAGACCCAACUGUCAUCGCUGCAUGCGUCUGAGGUUGCUCUGCGAUUACGCACCCCGCCUCAAACUUCCCAAGAGAGGCAAAGCGCGCAAAGAUCGAUCUGUGUCGUCACAGCUCAUUAUGCCUUCGGCCUCGUCGGCUAUGUCGGCUGAAAGAGGCGGCGGCGACAGCUCACCCAGUUGGCUACCAACAUGGGCGCAUGCUGUUACUUAUCUCAGCCAGUCCAAGUCUUUGUCACUCUUCAGCCCAGAUGCACCGGCUAUGGGGGCAUGCUCUCUGGAUCUCUCAUCCGCUGAUCACGAGGCAAUCCGAUAUUUUCGUACUUCAUUUGCCCGGCUGAACCAUACGAAGAACCCGGAUUUUUCGUUAUACACCAUAAUGUUCGACAUUGCCCAGACUGAUCCCAUGGUGAUGCAUGUGGUUCUGGCUCUUGGCGGGCGAGAAUUGGAAUUCCGGCGAAACAAGGACACUGAAGAAUCUCGGGGGCCAAAAACUCCACUUCAGCACUAUUCCUCGGCGCUGCGGAUGAUGGCCGACGCCAUUGGUGGCGAGGACAACGUACAGUUGGAUCUCGACGCCGUGUGUACAGCGUUGUAUCUGAUGCUGCUGUAUGAGCAGAAGUACGGCGACGAAAAGUGCCGCGGCUUUUCCAACCAUCUCGUUGGCGCGAGUUUAAUAUUGCAACACCGGUUCAAAAACAUGCUUCUCCAGCUACCGGCUCCUUCGCUCGAGACAACUCGGAAAAACUUAGCCUUGACAAGGAGAGGCCAGGAUGGAAGCGGUUCACGUCUCUCACUCUACUCGGCACGGAUGCUGGUCUGGAUCGCCCUCCAAGACGCAGCCGCUGCAUCAUAUGGCCUCGGCGGCCAACUGAACUGCGCGCUGCACAAGAUCAUGGGAUCAUUAGAUGGCCAGACAAUCAGUGGCAUCCCAAGCCCCUUUCAGCCAUUGGACGCCUUCGAAAGGCUGCAUCGUUUCUCUAACCCACUGUACAGGUGCAUGUGGGCCGAUGCGUAUCCCCAAGCAGAGCUGCUUGACGACGUCGAAAAUCGCAAUGUAUACGCUCUUCUCGGUGCGUGUGGUCAAUUGCGCUUCAUGAUCGCACAGCUUGCGAGUCUUUCCCAUGUAAUCAACGAUGCGUCGCAACAACAACAACGCGUCAUGGCAGUUGAUGUAACUAUCCAGCAGGUUGGGUGGAAAUUCACCGAAUUGCUCGAAGUCGCGGCAGAACUGUCCACCAGCACGGACAGCUCGCACCGCCUGGUGGCUAACAUCCGCGGCAUUGUUCCUCACUACCAUGCCGUAGUUCUCGAGUUCCUGCGCUUGACGCGUGUCAACGACGCAUUCACGCUAGUGACUCGACAACGCAACGCGCUCAGAGAGAUCAUGAACCUCGCUUUUCAAGCUUUUAAACAUGAAGGGGACGAGGCAAUGACCCGCAUCGCAUGGCCGCUCUUCAUGGUCGCCCUUGAGACAGACGACCUCCUGCAUCGCGACUGGGUGCUCAGUCGGUUCCAGAGAAUGAGCCGGUUCGGUAAGAACCUCGACCGUGCUCACGUCUUCCUCAAAGAGAUCAUAGAAAUCCAAAACCGUCUUGGAAGACGAGUUGACGUCCGCGAGCGUUUCCAGUCUAACACAGUAGACCUUUUCGUUAUCUAGACCAUCUAUAGGUAUGAACUAGCUUGAGUAACAAACUGUGUGCUAUUUAUUACCUAACAUCUUCUUAUAACUAAUCUUGGUACUUCCUUAAUAAUGCCGCAAGAACAUAGUAAGAGAUAUAAUAGAAAAUAUCUUGUUUAGCUAGGGGAAACCAGACAGUUUGUAUAUAGCGGAACU